GUCCUCCUACGAAGCAUUCCCUUGUCGCCCCGGAAUAGCUCUCCAGCACUAACCUACGAUCAUAUUCUGAAGCCAUGGACCACUCAAUGCAUCAUGCCGGGAUGGAUGGCCAUGGAGAUAUGGACAUGGGUGGUCAAUGUAGCAUGAAUAUGCACUUCACCUUCUCCUCACACAACCUGUGUAUAAUUUUCAAACAGUGGCGCAUAACAGGGCCCUUCUCCCUUAUCUUCUCACUUGUUGCCAUUGUGCUCCUGACCGCUGGCUACGAGGGUAUUCGCGCGAUGGCACGCCGCUAUGAAGCACGGCAUGCAUUGGCGUUGAAGGAUAGCCCCAUACCGGCUGCUGGAGGAUACUCAUCCGAUGUCGAGACGCCAGAUGUUAUCAAUGACAGUGACAACGCGCUGCCCACUCCCAAUGCCCCUCUCCUUUCCAACAACAACAACACCACCACCAACGGUGAAACAGCUGGCUCACUGCUCUUCGCAGCGCGGAUCGAGAGGAGGCGGAGGGGCAAGCUGCUUCUUGCGACCUUCUACGCUGUGCAGGUCUUUUAUAGCUUUAUGAUCAUGCUUCUUUUCAUGACAUAUAACGGUUGGGUUAUGCUGGCGGUGGCUGUCGGGGCGUUUAUGGGGUACAUGGUUUUUGGAGGUGAGGCGACUAAGUCUGUUUCUUGUCAUUGAUCCUUUCCUUCUAUAUGCUGGAUUCAGAUCCCUCUCUUUGGUAUGAAGUUUAUUCGGUCGCAUAUGAAUAUACAUACAUAUAUAUACCAUACGUUCCGAAUGGCCAGUGCGAAUUGCAAUAUGUAGCCUUUCGUUUGCAAUGUUCACAGAUGCUUGCUUUUGUAUCUUUAACGGAUUUUGUGUGUAUAUACACUCUAGUAACCGAUGAACACGUCCAUC